AUGUCGGGCAUGUUUGGGACACCAGGCGUCAGCAAGAAGCCCUCGCCGUACUCCGCGUCGCGGCACCACCCCUCGACGACCCCCUCUCGCCAACAACCAUCGCAACUCUCGUCCGACCAACAGCAGGAGGUGCGCGAGGCGUUCGAGCUGUUCGAUCUCGACAAGGACCAGAAACUCGACUAUCACGAGUUCAAGGUCGCGCUCAGAGCGCUCGGGUUCGACUUGAAGAAGGCGGAGGUGUUGAAGCUGAUGAGGGAGCACAACCACGACGAGGGGGGCAGCGGGAGCUUGACGAUCGGCCUGAGCGGGUUCAUGGGCAUCGCCGAGCAAUUGAUCUUGGCACGGGAUCCACUGGACGAGAUUCGACGCGCGUUCAAGCUCUUCGACACGGAGGGGACAGGUCGAAUCUCUUUGCGGGACUUGAAGAAGGUCGCGCGAGAACUUGGCGAGAACCUCGAGGAGGACGAGCUCAAAGCGAUGAUUGACGAGUUCGACCUGGAUAUGGACGGCGCCAUUUCGGAGCAGGAGUUUAUCAAGAUCAUGUCGGACGAUGUCUGA